AUGCUCUUGGUUAUGCUACUCACACUCCUUUCGUUUUCCACCUCCGUUCAUUGCUCCAAGGAUUGUUCUACCUCUACGGCACUCCACAGCGCCGCACCCGCCCUCAUUGUCCUCCUAGUACUCAUAAUUCUUGUAUCCCCCUUCGCCUAUUUCACCGUCCACUGCCUCCGCCUUGAGAUCGACCGCACGGACCAGAAACUCUGCCAUAGCAAAGCCGCCGUUGAAUCUCUCACCCGCACCUCUAUCCUCCGUGCCGCUCAAGUGGCGUCACUACAGAAUCGAACCCAGCAGCUCUUCGACCGCUGCAUAGAGCUCGAGCCACAAGCCAAGGCCGCCGAGUCUCUGGCGGCAGACAACAAAGUUCUCGAAACGAAGCUCAUUCUUUCACUCGCUACCAUCGACGAACUAAAAUGUGAUAUCACCACAAUGGCCGCACAACAAGCUCGUAUUGCCGACGAUGCCCGGAAUUUCAAGAAUAUGUUCGACGAGGCCAACCAGCAGAAACUCAUCUUCGAGAGACGGGCGCAAGUGGCGGUGGACGAGGCGAAGGCUACUGCCAGGGAGGUCGAGGACGCCUUGGAUAGGGCUUACGAGCUCGAGUGUCGGUUGGAGGAGAAGGACGCUGAGCUGUACGAUGCCCGUCGUUGGGUCAAGAGAGUGAAUAGUCUUGAGAGAUGGGUCGAGGAUCUGGAGGAGGAAAACAGGGCCCAUCGUUAUCUCGUUUGCGAGUACCAGACUACCGUUGUCAAGAAGGACCGCAUCAUCAAGGAGCUUGAAGGGAACGAGGAACAUACAAUCAAGCUGGAGGAAGCGGCUACUAGCAGUAUCCACAACCGCUCUAUCAUCAAGCUCGACGAGAGCUCCACCCGUAAUAACACCAUCUCCGCCAUCCCUUCUCUUGUCGAUACAAAAUCCGACAGGCACGUCGAAACGUCCGCUCAUUCUACUCCAGGAUAUACAUAUUGUCUUCCCAUCCACGUAUUUUUUCCUUCGAGCGACACUAUCAACCAAGCCUUUAUCAUGGCUUCACCAUCCUACAACUCCGAUACCAAAUCCUCCGCACCCCCUUCCUCCAUGGUCCUUCCCCCCUCUCCCGUCCCGUCCGAUACACACGACACAAAUUACUCGGAUUGCGACUCGGACAGCGACACCACUGCUAUAAACUGGCCUACCCCCUUCCUCGUCUCCGAUACUGACAAAUCCGGCUCCGACAUAAACAACUCAUGCGACCUCAGUCCUGAACACGUCUUUACCACCCCUCCAUUUCGCCGCUCAUCCGCCUACACCACCGCGGAGCAUGUUCUCCUGAAGGGUCAGACGUCGAUUCGCAACAAAUCCAUUCGCGCUGACCUUGCAUAUUGGAAGACGAUUUGGGCGUUGAAGUUUGCGGGGAUCAGAGGCGAGGCGAUGUGUCAGGAUUGA